AUGAAGAAUCUUUAUUUAUUUGUUCUCGUUAUUGCCACUUACAGCAAUCUCGCAUUUAUUACAGCUCUAAAAUGGCGAAGAGAGACAUCAUUUGAUGACCUCUAUAGCAGGUCGCAAAAUGAAAUAUUCAACAGAAACGCAACAAAAGUCAGCUGUGACAGUGAUGUUGAUUGUGGAGACGAUAUUUGCACUAGCGAUGGUUCAUGUUCCUCUGGAUCCUCGGAUUGCACAAUCAGUAGUUCAUGUAACUCUGGAGUAACGGGCGUAGUUUGCACUACUUAUAGUUCAUGUGUAGCAACAACACCACCAACGGCACUACCAACAGUAACCAGAUUACCAAAUAUAGGAUCUACUAUAGAAAUGAAUCUACUGGCUACAUCAAUGACAAUAAUCCUAUCUGUAAAUUCGAAAAAUAUAUCACGGAUUGUUGGCGUUGACCAAGAACAUCAAUUCUUGGAUAAUUUUGGUAGGCAGAAAUUCUUUCGCGGUUUAAAUGUGGUCUAUAAAGGAGCACCAUAUUAUCCGGUAGUUGAUAAAUUCAAUGCAACUGCAUCAUUUACUGAAAAAGACGCACAAAUACUACAAUCAGUUAAUAUGAAUGUAAUCCGAUUAGGCGUACUAUGGGCAGGCGUCGAGCCAAUUCGAGGAAAAUACAAUGACACAUAUUUGGAUAUAAUUCGUGGUAUCGUAGAUAAUUGCAAAAAGUAUGGAAUAUAUGUGUUGUUGGAUUCUCAUCAGGAUAUUAUGUCGCAAAAGUUUUGCGGUGAUGGGUUUCCAAAUUGGGCAUCUAUGCCUGGUUUGCUUCCAUUUCCACUUCCAGUUCACUUACCCAUACCUUUUAAAGACGGAAAUCCAAUUCCAGAUAGAUGUCCAUUAAAUUGGGCAUCUCUAUACGAGAGUAAUGCCGUCUCCGUUGCCUGGCAAAAUCUUUACGACAAUCAUAAUGGUCUUUUAAAUGCGUUUGCCGCACAAUGGGCUUACAUUGCCCAAAAAUUUAAAGACGUUGAUAAUGUGCUUGGAUAUGAUAUUAUCAAUGAACCAUGGGCGGGAAAUGUAUUUGCAGAUCCGAAACUUUAUGAUCCGAAAAUUGCCGAAAAGAAUAAUAUUCAAAGAUUACUUGAAAAAGUAAAUACUGCUAUAAGAAAAGUAGACGAUAAAACGGUCCUUUUCUAUGCAGGUGUAACUUGGGAUAAUUUUGGCAAUGAGCUCUCUGUUCCCGGUGGAGAUAACUACAAAAAUAGGAGCGCAUUAAGCUAUCAUUAUUAUCAGCUUCCUCAAUUCACAGGUGCUGAAGUUCAGUUUGUAAAGAAAACAGAAGAUAUCAAUAGGGCUGGUGGCGGUCAGUUGCUUACUGAAUUUGAUGCAUCGUGGAAUAGCGGAAAAAAUAUCGCUGAUCUCCUCGACCUUACCCAGAAAGCUGAUAAAUAUCUUGUCUCUUGGAUCGGUUGGCAAUAUAAAGAUUUCGGUUCGUUACGUCUCUCCCUUCGACCAGGCGUCAGCGACGAAGGUCUCAUAAACAAGGACACCGGUGAAAUACGUCCCGAAAUGGCAAAACUAUUUUCACGUACAUAUCCAGAAUCGGUCGCCGGAAAAACUCAAAAAUAUUUCUUUAAUGAUACCGAUAGUCAUUUCUAUUUGCUUUAUCAGAUAGAUCCGUCUAUAAAAGCACCGACAGUGAUUCGAGUUCAGACUUUGUAUCAUUAUCCUAAAGGGUUGCAUGUUACAGUUAGUCCUGCGGAAAAAGUUAAUAUUACGCAGGAUGUAAAUUUAGUGUAUCUUGAUGCUGUGGAAGGAAAAGCACAGAAGGAUGAUUUAAUAACCGUUAAUAUCAUAACAAAACAAUAA